AUGACCUCUGAUUCUAAACUGACAAAGAAGCAAAAGAAAGCGAUCGCUUUCAGGGAACGCAAGAGUGAGAAAGCGCGGAAGAAUGUUGAUACGGAUGGCAUGGAGGGUAACGAACUACCUACCAUGGAAGUUCAAGACAGCAUUGAUAACCAGGGUGAUAAGAUGGAAGGCGGAGAGGUGGGCAAGCCGAAGGGUAUCGCGAAAGACAAGUCGCGGACAACGGAAGAAGCCCUAUCGUCUGAGGAGAAGGAUAUGGCCGCUCGAACCACUCGAAAUAAGAAGGGCAAGGACAAAGAAACGGUAGACGUUGAGAAAGGGGAGCUAUCAAAGAAAACCAAAAAGAGGAAGAGAGAUGGCGAACAACAUGCAGAAACAAAAACGGAGGGCCACUCUACGUCUCCCAAACGCAGGAAAACCGAAGGUGGCAGGGCGAGACUGAUAUUAUUCCUCGGUAACUUGAAAUACACCACGUCUCAGGACUCAAUACUAGCGCAUUUUCAAGCGUGUGAUCCGCCUCCUAAGGUUCGGUUACUCACCCCAAAAGUAAUAUCCCCGAAAUCGACCACUACGAAAACCAAAGGUUGCGCUUUCUUGGAGUUUGAGACCCCGGCAUCACUACAGCAAGCUCUCAAGUUGCAUCACUCAAGAUUGGAUGGACGGACGAUCAACGUCGAGCUCACCGCCGGUGGAGGAGGAAACAGUGAAGCUCGUCUCAACAAGCUGCGUGAACGAAAUCAGAAAUUACACGGCGAACGAAAAACGGGCAAAGCUAGCGAAGGAAGCAUCACUUCUAGCGUGUCCGAAUCACAACGAUAUUCAGCGACAUCGGGCGUCGGAGAUGCACCCGUGAAGAAAAUUUCUUGGGCAGUUGGAGAUACUGUGGCAGAUGGGCCCACUCAUCGGGGUGGCAAGAAACAUAAGAAGCAGAGGGUACGGGAACCUGCGAAAUGGGGGACGGGUGUCAAUGCAAUUCCCGUGGGCUAA